UGUUGAGAGAAAAACUCGACCAGCAGUUAUUUGUUGAUUUCUUUAAAAUUGUUAAAUUAAAAUUAAAAGAUGGAUUAUAAUAUACACAAAAUAUGUCGUGUUUGUUUGGAGGAGCUGCAUCCUGUGACCUCGAUUUAUAGCACAGACUUUGCCAUGAUGCCCUCGGUGAUGUUGAUGCAAUGUGCCAAAAUUAGAGUGUUCAAAACCGACGGUUUGCCCUCGGUGAUCUGCAACAACUGCAUUUAUCGGCUGGGAGUCGCCUUCCAUUUCAAGCAGGAAUGCGAGAACAGCGACCUUCGGCUACGCCAAUAUCUUGGUAUCCUCGAGUCCUGGCGCCAAGAUGCGGCCACCAACACGGAUUUUGUGGAGAAGCCCUCGCUUCCUCAGCGCGACAGCGACGAGGAGGAGCCGGUGGACACCAAAGUGGGCAAGAGGCGAUCGCGCUAUCAACGGAAGCCGCCGGAGGAGCACAAGAAACGGGGGCCCAAACCGGUGCCAAAGAUGCCCCACACCUGCUACGAGUGCCACAAGAGCUUUAAGUGCAUCGCCCAACUCACGCAGCACAUUAGAACUCAUACAGGCGAGAAACCCUAUCAAUGCAGCUUUUGCAUCCAGAGAUUUGCCCAAAAGUACAACCUCAAAGUCCACGAACGGACGCACACGGGCGACAAGCCAUUUCAAUGCGAAAUAUGCUCCAAACAGUUCUCGGCGCUGGGCAAUUUCCAGGCGCAUCAGAAGAUUCAUGUCGGGGUGCGGGACCAGAUAUGCUCGCUGUGCCAGAAGGGCUUCUACACAGCCGGUGAUCUGUCCAAGCACAUGAUUACCCAUACUGGUAUUAAAAACCAUCACUGCGAUGUUUGCGGCAAGGCUUUCAGCAGGCGGAGGGACAUGCGAUCUCAUAAGCUGAAACUCCAUCCUCUGGAGUCCAGUACGAAUCAUGAUAUAGUCGACGACGAUGAUGACGAGCCCAUUGACACGGAUCCCGUGGGUCUGGACACCCUGGAUCACGCCCACUUCAAGUGCCCGGAUUGUGACAAGGCUUUCGAUACGGCGGACAGUCUUAGCUUGCAUUUCCGCACACAUGCGGCCAACAAUAAUCUGCUAAACUUGCCGCUACCACCUGCACCCCCCAUGUCGCAUCACUAUCAUCACGAUGCCCUGCAUCAUUUGGGCCCUCCGAAUCCGGCCACCCAAAUGGGAAUGGCUGCCAUGGCUCAUAUGCUGGCUCCGCCGCCGCCUCCGCCGCCCACGCCCAGCGAAGGGCGCUACACGAUGUUGCACCACACGGCGGCUCAGAGAUUGCAUUACUAAAGUAUUACAAUAACAUAAUUUUAAGAUAGUGUAUAGAACUACU